GGCCGGGUGGUGGUGUUGAAGGUGUUGGUGGCAGCAGUGAUGGGAUUAGGGUGACAUUGUGAGCAGCUGGACAGCAGCUACACCACACAGCUGCAGAUUGAUCACAAAACGCUGGGAGUCUCGGCCGCUUCGGCACAUCAGAAGCAGUUUGUAGCUGAGUGACAGCUGGACUGGAGAGCCGCUGAUCCUGAGCAGAGAGAAGAAAGGGCCUGCAGCUGGUGACCCGAAGAUGCUGGAUCUGAGGACAUUUGUUCUGCUGGGACUGAGCUGGACGUGUCAAGCUGCGUCCAGUGAUCCAUGGAGCCAGUGUCCAGUAAACCGCAAGUGUAGGGAAAAGUUUGGAGAUGGGUCCUGUGACAGAGAGUGUAUGGAGCCCGAGUGUCUUCGAGACGGCUUCGACUGCCUAAAGGACAGGGGUCACUGCAAUCCAGGCCACAUUCAGUACUGCCGCGAUCAUUACGCCAACUCCCACUGCGAGCAGGGAUGUGACAGCGCGCCCUGUGGAUGGGACGGCAGCGACUGCUUCAGAAACCAGAGCCCUCUGUGGGCGAAAGGCACCCUGGUCCUUCAUGCCAACAUACCGCAACAUCGUGGCACCUUCUCCAACAGCUCCCUGCUCUGGGCCCUCAGCAUCAUCCUGCAGUCACCGCUCAAACUCAGGGGCUCCAUCCCUCUCGCCAACAACAGGAACUUGUUUGAUUUUGACCUUCAGGAACUUGCCAACUUGCUGGCUCAGGCAUCACCGGCUGACUCAAAUGGCUCCCUCCUUUUCCUCCAAGUGGACAACAGGCCAUGUUCCCGUUUGCCCUCUACCUGUUUCCCCUACGCUACAGAGGCCGCCAGUUUCCUUCAUGCUGUAAUGAUGCUGAAGCCCACCUCAUUCCCAGCCCUCCCAGAGCUUCAGGCCAUCAUAAGCAUUAGAGGUGUCCGAGAGGAAAUAGGAAGCAGAGAGGAGGAAGUGGUGAAAAAGGAAGUCGACGAGCCGACUCCUGCGUGGUUAUGGGCUGUGGUUGCCAUUGCCAUCGGCCUGCUGCUGGUGCUGCCCCUGGUGGUGUUCCUGGUGGUGAGGAGGGUGAGGCAGCAGCGGGCAGAGAGGGAUGGCAAUGAGAGGGUGAGACAACGGCCUAAAGCCACCGACACAGACGGCAAAGCCAAGGCCUGGAUACCGCAUGCAGCCCACCAAGAACAGCGGGUCAGAUCCAGCAGAGAGAAAGACAAGAUCAGCCUGAGGAAGAAGAAGAAAGCUAAGGAAGCAGAGAAAAAGAGAAGGAGGGAGCCGCUGGGGGAGGACGCCAUUCGAAUGCGGCCUCUCAAAAGGGACCAGGAUGUGGGAAGUGAUACAGACUUUACCCAGAGUUCAAUGGAAGACGUCAGCAUGAGAUGCUCCAGGCGUCAGGACGACGCCACCAUCUGUGACCACAGGACUCAGGAGCAGAAACAGUACCGGGGAGGCAGCUCUCAGCCCCGCAGAGCUAUUCAACCUCCACCUAGAGGAUGGGAGAGGAACGCCAUGCCUCCUCCUCUGCUCAGUCCUCCUCAACAGUCAGCAGAGUGGUGUGGUCCAGAUGGUUCUGUGGUUCUGAUCCGAGCGGUGCGCAGCGGGCUGGACAGGGUGGUCUUAGAGCUGCUACGAGCAGGAGUGCCAGUAAACAACACGGAUCACACUGGGAGAUCAGCCCUGCACUGGGCAUGCUCAGUAAACCACCUCUCCCUAGCAAGGACUCUCAUUCGCUAUGGGGCCGCUGUGGACCUACAAGACAACAAGGGUGAGACAGCACUCUUCCUUUCUGCCCUCCAUGGCUGCUAUGACACCGCCAGACUUCUUCUUCUUCAUGGUGCCAACCUUGAGUUGCGCGACCGCAGAGGACGCUGUCCAGUCGACGUGGCCAGAGAAGGAAUGCGCCACCAGGUUCUAGAACUCCUACUAGCUCACCAGAUUCAGAGAGGGCCCGUCCCUGUAGACUCAGGCAGUGACAUGAUGUGGGAUGAGCGCGGUAUGAUGUACUCGCCAUGGGUCGGAUCACAAGGCCUGCCUGGAAGAAGUGCCUCCUUCUCUGGGAUCAUAGGACAUCGAGACAUGACCCCACCGCCACAAAACGAUUGGUCGAUGAACCGAGUGCAGUACUCCUCCCCUCAGAACUGGCGGCCGCAGCUCAACCAAUCAGCAACAGCGCUUGUUCCCCCGAGAGUCAUGGGUCGCUCCCCUCGGCCAAUCAGCACCUUACAAGAGGUGACCUCCGAGGACGAGGAUCGCGACCGGCACCAGGAGGUCCCCAGAGCUGCGACGCCUCACUUCCUGUCCCCCCAGCCUGCCCCUAGACAGCGGUCCUUUUCCUGCACCCAGCAUGCACUGCAGCGUCGCUCCAGCGCCCACCAGCCAGAGCCCAACUACCUUAUUGUGACAGACAGAACAGCCGGUGAGCCCGUAGAAAGGGUUGUUGUCUCAACUCCAGCAGAUGCUGCUGCCCAACCAGAUCGCCUGCCAGUUGUCAAUGGUGACCACAGAGCAGAGCAAGCAGCAGUGAGUUCAACAAAUACAGAACACAAAUCCAGAGGGGAGAGGGUGAACAACACUACUGACUCCACACAAACAGCCUUGUAGAGAAGAAACCAACCAGGAAUUUUCAGCUGCCUUUUCAUUUAAUUAUUAGAGGAGUAUAAAUAAGAAUGGAGAGGCAAUGAGAUUUAGUUUGGUAUGUUGUGAAGCCCGAUGCAAAGCAGAAGGCUUACAAGGAGGCCCAGAGCUGGACUGUAAAUUUGGGAGCUUUUUAUUAUCCAAUAUGCAUCUUUUUAGAUCAUUUGUUUUUCUGUUUCUGUUAAAUACACACACGGCAGCACUUGGAGAUGUUCCUUCCUUCCGUAAUCAUUUUGUACUCAGCCUCGCAUAAAUUAUUACUGUUUGUCAGGGAGUGGGAUGUUGUAAAUAUUCUGUUAGAGUCAGAAAAGUAACAAAACAAAAUGUCUGCCAUUGAAUUCCAGUCAAGUAUAUAAUGAACUGUCCUGCAACAGCUUCUGUUCUGAUCAGUGCAAGGAGAACUAAUAAAAGAACUGCAUGCAUAGUUGCACAGAGAUAGCAGAAUCCCAUUGAGGCAUGCAAUAAAAGGAUUGUUAAUGCAUAUGAUAUGGGGUUUUCUAAUUCAUUUACAUCAUAUUCUGCACUAUGAGUCAGGCUUUAAUUUGGAUUCUUUUGAUAACAUUUACUCUGAUAGAUAUUAACUGCUUACAGGAUACAUAACAGCAAAUACUAACUAUCCAUAGUUCUCUUUUUAAAAUGAGACACCCAGUGCACAAUGAUAUCAGACACUGCAGCUUGUACAUAAGGAAGAGGAAUUUUUCAUCAUUGUAACAACAAAUGCAACCAAGCACCUUUAUUAUUACAGUGAAAUCACAAUUUUAUGGAAUAAUUGACUAAAGGUAAAUAAUUAAAUUACAUUCCUACAUUUGACUAAUUUGGAGAGGACCAGUGAAAGGGUGACAGAUAUCUGCUUGAGCAAGGUGACACAAACACAACUGGUGUUGAAAUAAAACAUAUAUUUUCUAAUAUUUUUUAUUAAGAUGACUGAAAACUAAUUAAAGUAUAUUUUUUUCCUUUUAGAAUGUGGAGUGACAACACUAAGUAGAAGAAAAUACAGACAUUUAAGUACUUUAAUAAAUACGUCAAAAACUGCUGUUUGACUUUAUUCCUAAUCUCCAGUCUCUGACAAUGUUAACAAUUGUGUGCGUAAAACUACUUGAUGCGCAGCUUUGAAGAUCAGUGUAAUUAAAUUCAAAUGGCGACAGAC